AUGGCCAAGGUUAUGUACGAUGAGAGGACAACUAUGCGCGAUGUGGCCACCUUCAUCUCAUCUAAUGCCUCUAGUCCCUACUUCAAUUCCGGCAGUGUAUCAAUGGAGAAUCGUGAAUGCAUCGCCCAGGCGGGCAGUCAGCUGACGUUGGAUGCCUUAGUGAUCAAAGCAGCCAGCUAG